AUGCAACAAGCAACGGGAAACGAAUUACUGGGUAUCUUAGAUCUGGACAAUGAUAUAGACUUCGAGACUGCUUAUCAAAUGCUCAGCAGUAACUUUGAUGACCAAGUAUCUACUCAUAUACAUGAAAAUACGUUUAGUACAGCAUCUCCGCCCCUAUUAGCACAUGAACUCGGUGUGGUUCCUAAUUUAGCGGUGCAACCCUCACACAUGGAGAUUAUACCUACUGAUAACCAAACUCACCAUUCUUCUUUGCAUUCUCAUGCACAUUAUCCGAACCAUACUUCCAAUCAGCCAAGUAUGGGGUUUGAUCAUACUCUAGGUCUCAAACUCUCUCCUUCCAGUUCCGGAUUAUUAAGUACCAACGAAUCGAACGCCAUUGAACAAUUCUUGGACAACUUAAUCUCGCAGGAUAUGAUGUCCUCUAAUACUUCUAUGAGCCCUGAAGUACAACCUUAUGCAAAAUCACCGAACAAGCAGCAUAAAUAUUCAGAAACAAAUCAAAGGCGAAUUGGAACAAACUUGCAUAAUAACACGAGGGAGUUGCACACAAGCUUAGUGGAUGUAUCAACUGAAUUCACAGCCAGGGAGGGGCCUCACCAGCCCACUAACCAUAAUCACUACAACCCACCACCAUUUUCAGUACCUGAGAUAAAAAUUCCAGAUUCUGAUAUCCCGGCUAAUAUCGAAGACGAUCCUGUUAAGAUAAGGAAAUGGAAACACGUCCAAAUGGAGAAGAUACGAAGAAUAAACACCAAGGAAGCCUUUGAAAAGCUGAUCAAAUCGGUAAAGACUCCAUCGAAGGAAAACGGAAAAAGAAUCCCCAAACAUAUCCUACUUACAUGUGUAAUGAACGACAUCAAGUCCAUCAGAAGCGCAAAUGAAGCGCUGCAACACAUCUUGGAUGAGUCAUAG